AUGCAAGACGAUCUGCGGAGCGGCGACCCCAGCAGGCUGGCCGGCAGCGGCGCUGUGGCCUCACGACACCCGCGCUGGCAGCGUGGCGCCGCUCGGCGCCUGCCUCCCAGUCUCUACCGGCGGCCAAAGGCGAUGGCCAUUGCGCGGCCGCCGGAGGGCGGCGUCCACGUGGCGGGCUUCAGCGUCGCAGUCCACUACGGCCUGGUGCGCAAGCCCGACACUAGCGAGAUGUUCUCUCUCGAUGCGUGGAGGGAGUGGCCCACCAAGCUGCGCGUCGAGGCGGGCUUCAGGCAGUACGACCGCGACAAGGACGGCGUCUUCGGCCCGGCGGAUGUCGCCGAGAUUGCGCUCACGCUCAAGGGCGAGCGCCCCACGCCAAGGCAAGCCGCGGCGUGGGUGGCACGGGGCGACCUGGACGGCGACGGUGCUCUCAAUUUCACUGAGUUCUGGUCCAUGACGCGCAAGGAACGGGCGGCAAAGGGGGAGGGCUAG